AUGGAUGAGGAGAAACAACAGCGACUGCUGGAUGCGCUCGAGCGCCGCCUCAUGCUCUGUGAAGAGGCUGUAGGCAUGGAUCCUGCAAAACAGAAAGCUAUGGCGGCGUUGGGAAUGAAGAACUCUCAGGUGACAGACUUUCACUUGUCUCUGGUGAUGAGCAUUUGCCGUCUGCACCACCAAGCGAACCAACUGUUUCGCGGAAAUCUUUUCGAAAUGGAGGAACGAUAUGAGCAAAUGAAAGUCUGGCUCGAGAACGAGCAAUCGGCGGCUUUAAAUCUCAUGAUGACUCUCGAAGCGAAGAGAGCUUACGUUCUGCAGCAUGAAGAGAUGCUCAAAGCAACGGCAGCGCAGCUGCGACACCUGCAGGAACUCGAGCAAUUCGUGAACCCGCCUCAACUGACUGAGUUGGAUACCUUCAAAGAACGGCUGAAGGCUCUGGAUGAAAAGGGGAAUGAAUUGACGGAGAGGGCAAUUCGCCUUCAGGGCAAAAUUAUGAACAUCGCACAAGCGUACAAUACCACGAUGAAUAUGCUUGCCAGCGUUUUUGAAGAGUGGCACGAGCAGCUGACAGAGGAAGAAACGAAUCCUUCGAGGACACCUGCGCGAUAA